AUGCCGGAGCCGGACUACAAGACCCGGCACGAGUUCACGGGAAGCGGCCUGGAGCCGAGGGAGCUGGAGGCUCUCGUUGCAACUUUGCCGCUGCUUUUGGAAGAGGAGGAUGAGGGCUUGGUGGCCGUGGCGAAGCCUUCGGGCAUCUCCUCAGAGAAGGCCUUGGAGGCGAUGGCCGCGUCCCUGUCGAAGCCGCUCUUCGCCGUGUCUCGUCUGGACCUCCCCACCUCGGGGGUUUUGCCCGCGGCCUUGGGCACCGAGCAGAGCCCGGAAGCCCGCUGGCACCUGGCCCAGUUCGCGGCCCACUCCUUGGUGGAGAAGACCUACCUCUGCCUCUGCCAGGGCACCGAGGGCUCCCUCGGUGAGGUGGGAGCAGAAGGGCGCGUGGAGCUGCCGCUGAAGGUCGUGGCCACGAGUCGGAGCACCAGCCGGGCCGUGCCAUCAGCGGAAGGCAAGAGGGCCCGGACGGACUUCCAGGUCCUGGCGGUCUUCGCCGAGGCUACGUCGCAGCUGUCUUUGAUUGAGGCGCGACCUCGCACAGGCCGACUGCACCAGAUACGAGCCCAUCUGGCCGCUCUGGGCGCCCCCUUGGUCGGGGAUCACCUCUACGGAGCCCAAAGGGUUUCCUGGUGCCGCCGGCUGUUCCUUCAUUGCCAACGGCUGAAACUCUUCGGGCCGUCUCGCGAGGUGCGCCUCGAGGCGCCCCUGCCAGCGGAGCUGAGGGAGGCUCUCCUGGGCCUUCGGCUUCUCAGGGGCCGCUUUCCGAGCUGA